GCUACACCCCUACAUGCUGUUCGAUUAUAUAAAAAUGAAAUAACCUCCUCGUGGAAGAAUUUCCAUGAACGUUAAAUUUCUCAUAAAAGAAGCGCUCCAGUUCGUUCGCUUAGGGUUGGUUAUGUGAAGAGGGAGAAGGGCAUAUUUAUUUACUUAUUUAUUUACUUAUUUUUUUUUUUUCCUUUUCCCACUCUGCAUUAUUCCGAUUGUGUAAAGUCCGACGUGGCGUGUGUCACCUGUUCGUCAUACCGAUGAAACGUAUGCGAGUGCCCCCAACCCGUGUACUUCCUUUUAUUUCUAAUUGGGUGGAGCCUUUUUCUAAGGGGCUAAGGUGAACGGGCGCGUCGAUUUUUCGAGUCCGCAUGUGCUCGUUUUCCCCCCACGUCAAGCAAAAAUGCGUGCAAGGCAAGUGAACAAAAUAGCUGUUUGAAAAUGUGAAUUUUUGCAAAAGUGCCAAAUUGUGAAAGUCCCGUUCUGUUCCGCAGUUCUCACUCGGUGCUCCGGGGUCUGUACUCCCUAGGUGGCACUCCCCAGGUGGCACUCCCCAGGUAGUAUUCCCACCUCAGGCGCAAGCACAAACGUGCAGAAAUAAUUUUCCCCAAUUUUGCACGUUGCAUGUGCUGGGGAAGAACCCCCCCUUCGGAUACGCCUUUCAUUUUGCAUUUACCUCCGUAAGAGAGGAGACAACCCCUCCGCUGCAACUACGCUACAACUACGCCGCGCCCUGAUCUGCAUUUAAGGGACGUCCAACUGGGUAGCUGCGCGGGGAACCCAACUGCUGGCACAAGCACACCCGUGCAUGCGUAGGGGAAAGAAGCGACCAGGUGCAAUCGCGCGGAGAAGCAGCACGGAUAAUACGCGCAUAGGUACGCACGUUUGUGUGCAACCCGUUCGGCAAUCUGAUUAAGCCACCUGAUUAACCCGCCCAUCCCCCACCGCACCAAAUGGAUUACUCGGAGGUAGACGAGGAUGACGAGGAUUUAUACGAAGGGUUAGAGGCCGACAAUUUGCUGCAGGGAUCGUACGAAAAAAGAAUCGAAGAAAAAAAAAAGGAAGUCGAAAGGGCGCCCGUCAAGCCGAAAGAGCAAUUCUUUGAAAAGUCGAGAAAAAAUUUAUACAAAAAGUUAAGCGGCGCCAAGGCGGUGUACACCAAAAAGGAACCCUGCUUGUUCCUCGGAGCCCCCCAAUUGAACGAAGACGCAGAGGAGGAAGACCAAAAAGUCGAAUUCUUAUUGCUAGUCAAUCUGUUGUACUUCAUAAAUGAUGUGGUGAUAAAAAAUUGUUGUGACCAAAUUGGGAAAGUGAAAAGAGUCGUCAUCCUGGAGGAUGACAAGCACGGGAAAUCCCUGGGGAUCUGUUUGGUAGAAUUUUACAGUAUAGAUUCGUCCCAAAAUUACGUAGCUUUUUUGAAAGAGAAGCUCAAAGCAGAUGUGCGGAAGGUAAGUAUCGACGUAGAGGAACAAAUAAAAGCUGAUGAGCUGUACAACUAUGGAGGGUAUAUAAAUAGCCACACGGUAGAAUUAAUCAAAAGAGAUAACUUGGAUGUUUUGCAGUGCACGGAGAAUAUCCAUGACGCUUUAAGUAAAUCACUAAACUUGAAUAAGCACCCCAUCUUCAGUUGGUUUAACACCAGCAUGAAAGAUGUCCUCAGUACGUACGUACAGUCAGAAUUAAAAAAAAAAAAAAAAAACGCCAUCAUAAAUAAUGACUACAUGGAUCGCAAAAACGAAAGCGACUCCGAUUCUGGAAGUGACAUAUCCGCGCACAUCAUAGAUUACGUUUCGAAAAAGAACAAGUUCCUUUCGCACGGCAAGUCAUAG